GACUCCCGGCAGAUCCUCCCAGAGGACGGUUUGAAACCCAGGAAGGCGGAGGGGGCACCUGGGAGGAGGCAGUGGGAGGGCGGAGGGCGGGGGCCGGGGCUCGGCCCAGAGCCUCCGGGGUGGACAUCCUGGGCAGGGCAAGUGGCCGAGGUGUGGAGAGGGGAGGAUGCGCCUCUCCAAAACCCUGGUCGACAUGGACAUGGCCGACUACAGUGCUGCGCUGGACCCAGCCUACACCACCCUGGAAUUUGAGAAUGUGCAGGUGUUGACCAUGGGCAAUGACACAUCCCCAUCAGAAGGUGCCAACCUCAAUGCGCCCAACAGCCUGGGUGUCAGCGCCUUGUGUGCCAUCUGUGGGGACCGGGCCACAGGCAAACACUACGGGGCCUCGAGCUGUGAUGGCUGCAAGGGCUUCUUUCGGAGGAGUGUGAGGAAGAACCACAUGUACUCCUGCAGAUUUAGUCGGCAGUGCGUGGUGGACAAAGACAAGAGGAACCAGUGCCGCUACUGCAGGCUCAAGAAGUGCUUCCGGGCUGGCAUGAAGAAGGAAGCCGUCCAGAACGAACGGGACCGGAUCAGCACUCGCAGGUCAAGCUACGAGGAUAGCAGCCUGCCCUCCAUCAACGCGCUCCUGCAGGCUGAGGUCCUGUCCCAGCAGAUCACCUCCCCUGUCUCUGGAAUCAACGGGGACAUCCGGGCGAAGAAGAUCGCCAGCAUCGCAGAUGUGUGCGAGUCCAUGAAGGAGCAGCUGCUGGUGCUCGUCGAGUGGGCCAAGUACAUCCCAGCUUUCUGUGAGCUCCCCCUGGACGACCAGGUGGCCCUGCUCAGAGCCCACGCCGGUGAGCACCUGCUGCUGGGAGCCACCAAGCGCUCUAUGGUGUUUAAGGAUGUUCUGCUUCUAGGCAAUGACUACAUCAUCCCUCGGCACUGCCCGGAGCUGGCAGAAAUGAACCGGGUGUCUGUGCGCAUCCUGGAUGAGCUGGUGCUGCCCUUUCAGGAGCUGCAGGUCGAUGACAAUGAGUACGCCUGCCUCAAAGCCAUCAUCUUCUUUGACCCAGACGCCAAGGGGUUGAGCGACCCGGGCAAGAUCAAGAGGCUGCGUUCCCAGGUGCAGGUGAGCCUGGAGGAUUACAUCAACGACCGCCAGUACGACUCGCGCGGCCGCUUCGGCGAGCUGCUGCUGCUGCUGCCCACCCUACAGAGCAUCACCUGGCAGAUGAUCGAGCAGAUCCAGUUCAUCAAGCUCUUUGGCAUGGCCAAGAUUGACAACCUGCUGCAGGAGAUGCUGCUGGGAGGGUCCUCCAGUGAUGCACCUCAUGCCCACCACCCCCUGCACCCUCACCUGAUGCAGGAACACAUGGGCACCAAUGUCAUUGUUGCCAACACAAUGCCUGCUCACCUCAGCAACGGACAGAUGUGUGAGUGGCCCCGGCCCAGAGGGCAGGCAGCCACCCCUGAGACUCCACAGCCCUCGCCGCCAGGUGGCUCGGGGUCUGAGCCCUACAAGCUCCUGCCAGGAGCCAUCGCCACCAUCGUCAAGCCCCCCUCUGCAAUCCCACAGCCGACCAUCACCAAGCAGGAAGUCAUCUAGCAAGUCACCAGGGGGCCGGGGGCUCUGAUGACCCCCCAGCCCCCUCAGACAGCCCCUGAGGGUCACUUGGUCACAGUGAAGAAAGCUGUGACAACAGGGCCAGUCCCAGAGUGGUAGUGGAAAGGGUGAGGCCCUAGAACUCAGGCCAUGGGCCACCCGCCAAUGCCACCCUUCACCACCUGCUUGGGAUGAUGGGGCUGUGACUUGGGGAGCCCCCUGCUGGAAAGUGCUCUGCUGCCUUGGACAACUUUUCUCCUGCCAAAGCCACUGCCUUCCCCGUUCUUCACCCCAAUUUCUUCACCCCCAAAGGACUGCUGCCUGGAGACAACAGGGGACCUUGAUUAAACAUGGCUCCCUCCCACUCAGACUGGGACUUUGCCCCACGUUCUGCCCUUGUGUCAGACACAGAGCACGUCUAGGCUGGGUCAGACGGCAGCACCUCACCCAUCCCUAUGCUGCUGCCCCAGCCGCCAAGGCUCCUCUCCUCUUGCCACCAUCACCCUCCCCAGCCCUGUUCAUUUCUCCAAAGCCUCCUCUCCAGAGGUUGAGAAAGACUUGCAGACAACUCCCCAGCCAUCCUGGGAGCACUGUUAAAGCACUGACGGGGGCUAGGCAGAGUGCAGGAGGUUGUUGAGAAAGAAGAUGCAGUUUCUCCUCUAACCCAUCUUCGGGGACUUGGAUGGAUUCUCUGAGUCAGAGAGAUGAUCCCUACAGGCUGCCAACAGGGAGAGAACAGUCCAAGGUGGACAGUUGCCACUGGGACCCAGAGGGCUGGGGGUGGUCCAAGAAGGCAUCCAGAAAGGGGCAGGCUAGGUGCCAGGCCUUUGGGGAAGGGCUGGAUUCCUGCUGAUGCAGCAGGUGAGACAGGAUGUUCUAAGGAGGAGCAAACAGCCUGGGCCAGGCCUGGGGGGUCAGAAGGAGGGUGUGGAGGGAGGUGAUGAAAGAUGGGGCUGCCUGGAGCAGAGUGGGCAUGCUGGACCGCCUUGAAUGCCAGAUGGAGGCAUGGCGACCUGGGUUCCCAGGCUGAGUAGCUGGGGAGGGAUGUACAGUGAGCUGAGCUUUCAGAAGCUGAAGACAGCCGUCCUACAUAGGUUGGAAGUUUGGGAGGGAGUGGGGAGAUCAGAUGGGGCCUAAUGAGGUCAUCCAGGUGAGAGAGAUGAAGCUGGGGAUAGAGGAGGCAGAUGGGGGACUCUCAGAGUGAUACCUGGGAGCAACUAUCCCACAGGGCCUGUCUCCUGCUUCCUCCUGGCACUGUCUCCAGGCCCUUGAUGUGCACCAUCUCCUCUCAUCCUCCCUACUACCCAGAGAUCAUUACCGAAGGUGGAAUGGAGAUCUUAGAGGUUAAAUCAUUUUUAUGGAACUCAGACAGCUAGUAAGUGACCAAGUCAAGAGAGGUGCCAGGUCUGCCUGGAUCAGGAGCUCUACACCUGGCCGAACAUGUCCCUUGAAAAGGCCCUUCUGCCCUCACUGUGAUUAAGUUAAGGGACUUCCUGCCUUAGAAGCCAAAGCCUCGUUCUUUCCAGGACCCCUGCCCACACUCGGAACUAAGAUUGGCCUGAGGCUGCACUAGAAUCCAGUUGGGGUCCAGAAUCCUGUUUGCUGAUAAACAAGGAGAAUUCAUGGCUCCUGUACCCCUUUUCUCUCUUCACUCCCUACAUCUGGGGAAGGGGCAUUUAGUGGUCCAUUGGGAGAUUGACCAAUGUGACCUGGUAUUUUGGAAAUGGGAUGGCUAGGGCGGGGAUAGGAGCGAGGUAAGAAGGACUGGGUUUGAGACCUGUGCUGGGGACCAUCACUCAGGGUCCCUUCUGGAACCAUUAAACCCCAGGAUGGAACAGCUAGCACCUCAUCCAUGCAGAAUUUUGGAGGCCUGGGGAAAAUUCUGGAAAAUGCCACUGUCCAGUGGGAAUUAAAGAGAUGUGUCCCAGAACUGGACCUGUGCUUAGGUGGGAGACUAAACAGUCAGACUGACUACCUACCCACCCCCUCAAGCUGACCCUUCUGAAUGGAUGGGGGGGCCACACCCCAGUGCCCUCAAAUCCCACCAUUAAUGCUCGUUUCUCUUUGUGAAGGUGGUGUGAAGGGUACUGGGUCCUAGAGCAAUUGCUGCCUCUCCACCAAGCUAAGGCCCCAGUUGCAGGAGAGAAUGUCCCCCUGGGCAAGGUAACCUGGCCAACCUCAGCCACCCCUCACUCCUGGGGCACUUCCCCAGAAAUCCCAGCCAGGGCACUCAGACUGGCUGGGGGCAAGGCAGAGAAGCUGGAAUCACCCUGGUCCUUGUCAUUCCCACUCUUUGCUUGCCCCUGCCUCCAACCCUGCUAGAAUGUCUCCCAGGCCUCUGUCUGUCGUGGGAAUAAAGCUGAGAUAAGAAUUUCCCAUAGAGGGGAGUGGGAUAGCAGUGGUUUUGAAGGCAGCGAUCUUCUGAGCCAGGGAGCCAGUUCUCAGGCCCAAAUCAACCUCCCUGGAGGAAAAAUCCUUUCUACUUUCACAAUUUUAUUGCAAUGCAGGGAACACAAAACAAAGAGAAUUUAUUGAGGACACGACACCACAUUGGAGAAAAAAAUUUUUUUCCACUACCCGAGUCGUGGUCCUGAAACAUAAGAUCUAGUAGACAAAAAGAGGGUUGGGAAGGCAAGCACAGACCCUGUAAUUCCUUCACUGAGACCACCCCUUCCCUAGGCAGCUCUCAGCAGCUUCCAGAAUCUACACAGCUCUCCCAAGAGUGGAUAAAGGGGAGCAGAGCGUCGGAAAUGGGUGCUCCUUGAUUUCUUGUGAUGACCAAACCAAUUAUGAUCACCAGAUUGCUCUGUGAUUUGCCCUGAUUGUCAUGGAUUCUGAUAUUCACAUCAAGCAAUUCUGGAAGUGGGCUGCAUCCCACCAGACUGAUCAGCAUCUUCCUGUGGGUGUGAAUGCCAUUGGGUUCUGUGCAUCCCCUGAGCCCGUCACUGCCGCCCAAUGGGGCAAGGAAGCAAAAAACAUUUCUUACUCUUAUGUGUUUUAACAAAAGUUUAUAAAACAAAAUAAAUGGCGCGUAUGUUUUCUAAGA